UUUCUUGUUUGUUUGAUACGAUAAUGAGAAAAUUUUAGGAGGAUAAUUGUAUUGUGGUUCAAAUGGUCAACCUUUGUAUAGAGAGAAAGAGAGAGAAUUUUCCUUCAUGCCCCCCAAGAUUCGUUUCUCUACUCAAUUCAUUCCUUUGAUUAACAAUUAUAAUAGCCACCCACCCACCUAAAAUAAAAAGUCUAACUCAUUCUCUUCCCUCUUCUUAAAGACCCGUUUGCUUCCUCAUAUUUCUCAAACCCCACUCUCCCUUCAUUUUUCUCUCUUCUUCUUCUUCUUCUUCUUCUUCAUCUCCUUCUCCUUCAGCUCAUGGGUUGUCUUGAUGAUGGCUGCAACACUGGCCUUGUUCUAGGGUUAGGUUUCUCUGCAUCAACCGCCAUGGAAAAGCCUGAGAAUAGCAAUAAUCAAAAGCACAAGAUGAUGAAUAAGCUAUGUUUUGAGCCUUCACUUAGCUUGGGCCUUUCUGGUGAGAUUUACAAUCACCAUGAUGUCAGUAAAGGUCGUGAGGAAUCUGUUGGUGUUGAUCUGUUUCGCCAUGCUUCUCCUCUUAGUGCUGUUUCUUCUUUCUCUAGCGGUAGGGUUAAGAGAGAAAGAGACCUUAGCAGUGAAGAGAUAGAGGCAGAGAGAGUUUCUUCCAGAGUGAGCGAUGAAGAUGAAGAUGCUAUUAAUACAAGAAAGAAACUUAGGCUCACCAAAGAACAAUCUGCCCUUUUAGAAGAAAGUUUCAAGCAGCACAGCACUCUCAAUCCUAAGCAAAAGCAAGCUCUAGCAAGGCAGUUAAAUCUAAGACCAAGACAAGUUGAAGUGUGGUUCCAAAACAGGAGAGCCAGGACAAAGCUGAAGCAAACAGAAGUGGACUGUGAGUUCUUGAAGAAGUGUUGCGAGACACUAACAGAUGAAAACAGGAGACUACAGAAGGAGCUUCAAGAACUAAAAGCUUUGAAAUUGGCACAGCCCUUUUACAUGCAAUUGCCAGCAGCUACUCUCACCAUGUGCCCAUCUUGUGAAAGAAUUGGAGGUGUUGCUGAUGGUUCUUCUAAGAACAAUCCAUUUUCAAUGGCUCCAAAGCCUCACUUCUAUAAUCCCUUCACCAAUCCUUCUGCUGCAUGUUAAGAUUCCAUGAUACAUGAGAUUUAAAAAUAUAUAUAUAUAUUAGAACUCCUCCCACAAUCCCUCUAUUUUUUUGUUAAGGGCUUGUAGUUAUAAAAGAUUAGUGUAAUUAUUUUUUAGAAAAUAGUAAAUACUGAUCAAUCUCUUUCUUUCUUUUUUCUUUUAUUCCAUAUGCUUGUAUAUUGUUCAGCAAAUAUAUAAGAAGGGAUUUUUAUGCUUUC